ACCUUCCUUGAGUUCCUUGAAGGUGGAGGCCAUGUAUGACAUGUUGCUGAAUUUCUAGAGCCCUGCAUGGGUAAUAGGAUCCCAUUUUUCAUUGGUUGAGUGACCCUGGAAACAGACAAAAGGGGGGUACAUUUCAAACAGCAGUCUGAGGGACUGGUGGUGAGAAGGACCUGGGAAAGGUGGGCACCAACUGAUGGAACCCCACAGGAGAGAUUAGCAGGCAAAGAACGUGAUGAAGAAAAUUCAGGAUGCUGCUUUACCACGUAGAGAAAGUUUCUAAAACAAUCUAAAGGCAACAGAUGGAAAUAAGAACGACCUCAAGCUGGCCGUCUUUGUUCCCAGUCAAGAAACAGCCCGGUCUGAAAUGAGCAACCAGGUGGCCAUAUUUGUUUCUGGCAAUCGUAAGUUGCAAGAGGAGCUAAAGACUCUCACAGCCAUGAUUAGUGCUGGCACAAUACGGUCUCGGCCUUGGACGCCGCUAACUAACGUCAUGGCACUUUUUGCUGAUCCCACCCACCCCAGUUUUAAUCCAGGAGUUUCAGGGUUCUCCCGGCCUCUCCCUAUCCCACGCCUCGAAGCUGGGAAUGCCUAAAGGGAAAACAGAGCGAAGACCCGGAAGUGGUGAGAACCUUCCUAACACGUGAUGAGGGACCCACCGGUACAGUCACGUGACUCGUCAUUCCAGUGUGCGGAAUGGUGAGUUGCUCUUAAAGACCCUCAUCAGCCCCAUCGGAGCCAACUCGGAACUCUCACUGACUUUGGAUCCCUCGGGAGAUCUAAACUUGCUGCCAUGGGAGGCUGUGCGGGCUCGCGGCGGCGCCUUUCGGAUUCGGAGGGGGAGGAGACCGACCCGGCACCUCGGCCCCCUCUGCUGGACCGGCGGGACGCCCAUUGGAAGAACGCGGUGGGCUUCUGGCUCCUUGGCCUCUGCAACAACUUCUCUUAUGUGGUGAUGCUCAGCGCUGCCCAUGACAUCCUUAGUCACCAGAGGGCACCUAGAAACCAGAGCCACGUGGACCCAGAUCCAACGCUCACCCCCCACAAUAGCUCAUCUCGAUUUGACUGUAACUCUGUUUCCACGGCUGCGGUGCUCCUGGCGGACAUCCUUCCCACCCUCAUCAUCAAAUUGCUGGCUCCUCUUGGCCUUCAUCUGCUGCCCUACAGCCCCCGGGUUCUCACCAGUGGAAUUUGUGCUGCUGGAAGCUUCAUCCUGGUUGCCUUUUCUCACUCAGUGGGGACCAGCCUGUGUGGUGUGGUCCUGGCUAGCAUCUCUUCAGGUCUGGGAGAGGUCACCUUCCUCUCACUCACCGCCUUCUACCCCAGGGCUGUGAUCUCCUGGUGGUCCUCAGGUACUGGGGGAGCAGGGCUCCUGGGGGCAUUGUCCUACCUGGGCCUCACUCAGGCUGGCCUCUCCCCCCAGCACACCCUGUUGUCCAUGCUGGGUAUCCCCGCCCUGCUGCUGGCCAGCUAUUUCUUAUUACUCACAUCCCCUGGGCUCCAGGACCCCGGAGGGGAAGAAGAGGCAGAUACGGCAGCCCGGCAGCCCCUGAUAAACAGCGCGGCCGCAGAGUCAAAGCCAGGCUCCAGCUCACACCUCUCCCUUCAGGAAAGGUGGACUGUGUUCAAGGGCCUGCUGUGGUACAUUGUCCCCUUGGUGCUGGUUUACUUUGCUGAGUACUUCAUCAAUCAGGGACUUUUUGAACUCCUUUUCUUCCGGAACACAUUCCUGAGUCAUGCUCAGCAGUACCGCUGGUACCAGAUGCUGUACCAGGCCGGUGUCUUUGCCUCCCGCUCCUCUCUCCGUUGCUGUCGCAUCCACCACACGUGGGCCCUGGCCUUGCUGCAGUGUGUCAACCUGGCCUUCCUGCUGGCAGACGUGUGGCUGAACUUCCUGCCGAGCAUCUACCUCGUCUUCCUGAUUAUUCUGUAUGAAGGGCUCCUGGGGGGCGCAGCCUACGUGAACACCUUCCACAACAUUGCCCUGGAGACCAGUGAUGAGCACCGGGAAUUUGCCAUGGCAACCGCCUGUAUUUCCGACACCUUGGGGAUCUCGCUGUCAGGGCUUUUAGCCCUGCCUCUGCACGACUUCCUCUGCCACCUCUCCUGAUACUCUGGCUCCUUGGGACAGGACAAAGGACACACUGACCUGGGCCAACACUAACAGGCGGGCAGGUCGAACUGACCCCAGACACACAGCCCAGAACCCAUCCAGGAGUUCUGCCCCUAGACAUCCCUGCAUGGUUGGGAUAUAGAAAAGUGCUGAGGCCCCUUUGAUGGGGGUGCAACAGUUUUCCCCCACUCCCAAGAUGGUCCCUAGGAGUUUCCUCUUGGCAUUAUGCUCUUGGAAUAAAUGCAUAUUUUAUCAACGGA